AUGGCCGAGCGAAACCUACGCCGGCCCAAUGAUGCUAGUGCUGGCCGGUUUUCGGCCCCUCCAUUGCCUGGUCGGAAUUUGGAGCCACUCUCCUCAAACAAAGUGAAGGAUGCCUUUAGUAUUUCACCCGUUCCCAGUCCACCGAAGUCUCGAAAGAGCGUCCGUGCACCAGAGCGCUUGGCAGAACGGCUGAAGGGCGGACAUGUCCGUGGCAUGCUUGCGCGUGCUGGUCUCCGACAGAUCGUCGAGGAGCAAAAGGCGGAACCAGGUCGCUGGAGCCACAACGGCCGAGGGCUCUUCACUGAACUUGUGCAGGUGACACAAGGCUCCUCGAUGUCUGAUCUGCUCGUCGCCUUGACACGUGUCAAAGCCUUGGAAGUUGAACACUGGCCCGAGAGUAUCAAGGCCACCGAAAAGCUCGAACUGCUCCGAUCGCUGCAGAAUCGAUUGCAGUCGGCGCUGAGCUGCAGCAACAUCGAGGAAAUUGAGAUGCUUUUGCAGAGCGUGGCAGUGGGAAUACGAAACCAUCCCGACUUCUGCCUGCUCGUGGCUGCAGUCGAGCAGCGACUCCAGAACCUACGAAGCCUGCGACGGGAGCUGAGACGAGUUGCCCGGUCUUCCGACGUCAUCCUGCUGGCAGGCUCGCUGCGAGUGGCAGAUGAGCUCGAGGUAAGGGGACACCAAGCCGCGACUCCUUGGAAAGAAGUCGAGGUUGCGGAAGUCCGCUUGAAGGUGCUGCAUGCGCUUAUUGCGAAAAUGACAGUUGUCUUGGGCAUCGUGGGUGAGGUGGACGAGGCAGUCUACCUGGAGGUGCUGGGACAUGCCAGCAGAGUCGUGGAGGAUGAUCCGCCACCCCCAAUAGGAUCGGUUCUCAAAGCAGUCAGGGAGCAAUUCCAGCAGAGGUUUGGCCAAGACUACAGCCCAACGGUUGCUGCAGAGAUGGCAGCGAACAGGGCUCAGCAGGCUGCAUUGGAGAUGGAGGUUCCUGUGCAGCACUUCGACAGUGCUGGCAGCCUGGUUGUCGAGGACGACCUCGACUCUGGCGAACAGAUCGUGGGCCGGGUCAUGCAGUCGGAGCUGGCAAAAAUCAGGCUUCCAAUCUCCGAGGAUGAAGCGAGACCUUCUGAACCAGUUCUGCAUCGAGAGCCGGGAGGCAGCGAGGACGCCUACGGGCGCCUGUGUCAGCAGCUCGUGGGCGACCUCGUGUCGAGAGAGCUGGAAGAGGUCGGGAACCAGAACGCCAGCCUUGGCCACCAGGGCAACGCGCCGCGACCAAUGACCGCCACAUCUUCGGCCGACACUGUGCUGAUGAGCAUAGUUCACGGUGCCACCCCACAGGGCGGCGAGUACGCGUACUCGGGCCCGCCUGGCACUGCUGUAGAAUCAUCACCCGUUCGGCCAGAGCCAGAACACAAAGAUGUCAAGGUGUUGGAGGAUGAUGCGGGAAGGAGCAGCCGUGCCAUUGCUGAUGGCAUCGUCCAUGAAGGUUUGCGACCCCUUGUGCAAACUCCAUCAGCCGAAACAGUGCCAACCAGUGGGAGGCAAAGUGCAAACGAUGCAAAUGCAGACUCCCGGGCUUCGCAGGUCUCCGAGCAGAAAGUGGACGCCACAAAGGAUUCGCAGCGCGUGAAUCCGGGCAGCUGUAUCGUGAGCACGCCGUCCGUGGAGGCCAAGAGCAGUGUCGCCACCUUGCCCAUGGAGGAGGCCGGUGCAUCCCUGGUCGGAGGCAUCGUGCAGACUGAGCUGGAGAACCUGGGAGAGGAAGAAAGUAACGUCAUGCUGAACCUCGACGAUGAGAGCAACGCUGCAUCGAAGCCAGCCACCUCUGACGCUGGGACAUUCGAGGAUGUCGUCUUCCAGCAGAAACUGCAAGAUCAGCUUGCGGUCCUGCACGUGCCUGAUGAAGAGGAUGCUGCAGAUGCUGAGGUGGCAGAGGUGCUUUCCAAAGCAUGUUCUGCAGCUUGGAUGGAGGAGCGUGGUUGCUCUUCGGUACCACCUGGCCGGCAAUCAGGAUUGUCGCCCGUGGCAGAAGUCGCGUGUCCACCGGCAAGUCCGACAUCACGUGUGGAGGAGUCGUUGGCGGAAGAAGCGGUGCAGAGUGCUCUGCGAGGCGCAGGUGAGGUCGCCAUUUCGGAUGGUGGAUCCAGUCGUGGAAGCGACGUCGUGGCAAGCCAGAUUGCUGGCUGUUUGGCUUCCGAUGUCUUGCCUUCUCCCUGA